UACGUCUUGUUGACAUAAAAGUGGAUUUGUUUAGGUUUUGUUAAUAUGUUACAGACUGUUAAAAAUAUUGCUAAAUUAAGUAUACAAUAUGCUUGUGUAACACAUUGCAUCUUCGAAUAUAUUGCAGAUUUUGUUGUGUGUUCUGGUCCUUCAAUGCAACCAACAUUAUUUACAAAUAACAUUUUAUUUACUGAAAGGAUUACUUUGAAUUAUAGUGUACCAAAACGUGGUGAUAUUAUAAUUGCAGUAUCUCCAACUAAUGCUGAUCAGUAUAUAUGUAAACGUGUAAUUGGUGUUCCUGGGGAUAAAAUUAUAAAAAAAGCGACUUCAAAUGAAGAAUAUAAAAUAGAAAAAAACACAAAUGAAUAUGUACCUCGUGGACAUAUAUGGAUAGAAGGAGAUAAUCGUGAAAAUAGCUCAGACUCUCGAAGCUAUGGUCCAAUACCAUUAGGUUUAGUUAAGAGCCGAGUAUUAUUAAGGCUAUGGCCAUUAAAUGAAAUGAAAUUAUUGUAAAUAAAUUAAAUUUGUAUUAGUAAAGAA